UCUGUUCUAUGAACACCUCCAUGUCCAUAAAAAUAUUAUUUUUUUCCUCAAAACACGUGUACAUCAUUAAUUCAUAUCAUCACCAAUAUUUCCGCGUUAAAGUGCGUGUCUCUGGGUUUCCCGUUUAUAAUAGCACUAUACCGGCAUACUUAUGCUCUUUGGGCGUGACUUUGGUGACAGCGUCAUCUUUAAAUUUUUAAAGGAAAACAAAAAGGAAAAUAAUAACAAUUGUUAACCAGCACGAUGGAGUCCGAGUCGAUGUUGAGAUACCGUCUGAAGAUAGGCCACCUUUGCGGCAUGAUGUUCACGUUCAGCUUUGCUUACUCUGUUGGAUCAUACUCGUACGGAGAAUACGGACAUGAAGCGUUUUGGAGCAUAUUUCGUCCGAAAAAUCAUUUCAAGAACUACACGUUGAAAUCUUUGUGCGAUACCAACACUAGUUCAGAGGAGUAUCGCAAUGAACAAAUCGUUCAGUCAAUGGUUUCCAGAUGGUCCACGUACAUGUCUCUGGCUCAGGGACUACCGCUCAUCAUUUCGUCGGGUCUGUUUUGUUCGUUAAGUGACUCCAUGGGCAGAAAGCCUUUCGUUUUAGUAAGUCUUAUAGGAAUAUUUCUGAAAACAUUUUUCAUGACUGUAGCAGUGAAUUUGAACUGGAAUAUUUACAGUUUUCUGGCGUUCGUUUUUAUCGACGGCUGUUGUGGGACUUGGGUGAUACAGCUCGCGAUGUCCAUGGCCAUGGUUUCGGAUCUGACAACGGCUGAAGGGAAAUCACGGUCCUUUUUAAUCACGGUUGUUGGAUUUUUCAUCAGUUUGGGAUACGCCUCUGGUUCUUUUGCAUCUGGCUUCAUCGUUGAAAGGCUCGGUUAUGGUUGGAGCCUAGGUAUUUCCAGUAUUGUUAUCAUGGUACCAAUGUUUUUGUUGUGUUUUAUGGAGGAGACUCUAUCAGAGAACAAAAAGGUAAAUCUAAACUGCGAUUUAAAAUCACAUUUUAAGAACCUUGUUCAGUUCUAUGUUGAAGACGACCCGAUUAACCCGGAGUCUUCCAAAUGGAAAUACAUUCUCUGUCUGUCUGUGUUUGUAUGUAUACUGUUACCAAGACUGGGCGCGUUCAGUGUCGAACUCUACUACGUCAUGGAUAGUCCCUUUUGUUUCAAUCCACUAAAAAUAGGAAUCUUCCAAACCAUAAACAGAUUGGUGUCAGAGUUUCUGAUCCUAUUUGGUAUAAAGAUAAUGCAGUAUAAACUAGAUGAUGCAGCAAUAGCUUUCGUCGGAACCUUUACGUCUGCGAUUUCGUUUGUUGUGAUCGGCUCAGCUUCCUCCAUUGGCAUUCUUUUUGCAGGCACCGCGGUUGGUGUUCUCGGGAUGUGCGCCAUUCCUAUGAUUAGAGCCAUUUUGUCCAAAAUGACGCCUGCUCACAAACAAGGAACCAUGUAUGCUGGGAUUGCCAUUGUGGAGACUAUUUGUGGGUGUGUAGGGUCUGUGACAGGGUCGUCCAUUUACGCCGCCACUGUUGAUGUCUACAGAGGAAUGGUGUUCUACGUGUUUUCUGUGUUCCUACUCCUGGCCAGUGGUCUAUUAAUACUUUUGAUGGUCAGCAGAAGACGGCAGAGAACGGGGUAUCAACAACUACAGGGAACUUGCAGUGGGGACACAUAACAGCGCAAAAACCCAGCAACCGGGAAAGAAACGAUAUCUGUUUUUCAUCAGUAUUUACAUUAAUAUCAGGGACAAUUUUUCUGAACUUGAAAAAGGAGGAAAUCAAUUCAUUACUGCAUAUAGAUUUCCUAUGUGUUUGAUUAAACAAAUGGGAAAGAUUACGUUCGAGUCGGAAGUUCAUAAAUGUGCUGACGCUAAGUAGAAGGAAACAACACGUUCGUGUCACAGAGUGAAUCAGGUGUCCUGAUUUCCGUCUUGACAGUUAACGGGUAAAGGCAUGCAGAGGAAUAUAUUUUCCUUACAACAUCAGACUUAAUGCAAUAAAUUAUGCCAACUCUUCUGUAGAAUAAGACUGUUUAUUUAUCGCUCGUUCCGAAUUAUUUCCUGAUUUUAACAUGCUGCAAUAAUAAAACUCGAUCCUGGAUGACGGGCUCGGGUCUGGGAUUUAUUGGACAUUAUUUAAGUGUGUUGAAUGAAUAAUUCGAAAAAGAUGUAAUAAUUUACAUUGUUAUACUUUCAUGUUAAAUGCUGAAAUCUGAUUGGUUAAGACGCAGUUAAUAAUAUUUACUAUUACCCUCAGCGUUAGCAACGCACUUGGCAACGGGUAACAUUAAAAAAUGUUACAUGCGCGAAAAUUAUGCGCGUACGGUUCGCUGUAGAAUUCACGUUAUUCCUAUAUAAAAGCAGUAAAAUUUUCUUAAAAAUCUUAAA